AUCCCUUAUUUUGAAAUGAGCAGACAUAAUUUGGAUGAGUUUUUCUCACAUAUUGACGUCACUUCCGUGCCGCCAUCAUCGACCUCCAUGGUUCGCGCAGAGGAAAUAAACAUGGAAAACCAAGAGGAUGUAUUGGACGCCCUGUGUUGCUACGAGAAGAAACCGACCCCCGACAUACCACCGGUUCUGGAUCAGUAUCUCCGACGGGUGGCGAAAACUGGAGAAACACUCUUCCCAUGGCAACAGUUAAAAAUCCUCUUCAUCCACAAGUUGGAUUCUGUCAUCACACAGUUUAAUCAAGACUUUCCGGCAGAUCACCUUCAGAACUGUCCCAAUGUAGAAAAUGUCAAGUUUGAAGAAAUGAAAAAAAGAGUGGUCUGUUCCUUAGAGGAGUUUCAGGGGGCACCAUUCACCAUUCAGCGACUUUGUGAACUAGUUACAGAGCCAAAGAAGCAUUAUAAGAGGACAGACAAGUUCCUACGAGGAAUAGAAAAGAAUGUGCUAGUUGUGAGUACAGUGGACCCUUUUGGAAGGAAGAUUGUGUCCGAUUCCAGACCCAUGAUGAAUGGACUAGACAUGAAUGGUUACAAUGGAAAUCGUCCAGAAAACAAGCCACACUUUUCCACGUUUCCCUCUCCAUCAUCCCAACAGACCACAUGGCCAUCUGACAGAGUUUUUAGUCCAGAGCUUAGCAAGGAACUCUCCAACCCUCUGUAUGAAUCUGAUGCGUCCUCCUCUCCAAACUUCCCUCCCAGUGAUGGAGAAAGGGUUCAACCCACUAUGGCUCGGGUUGAACAACAAACAGUUUCUCAAAUCAAAAGCCAGGAAAAUGUGGCAUCAUCUUCAGAAAGUGUGGCACAUCCAGACACUGGCAAUGUCUCCUUGCCUUCUGAUACAACCCCCGCAACAGACUCCACUGAUGAUGACACUGGUAUCGAAAACAAUGAAUCGUCUGAUAAUGUGGACACACCUCAACAGUCCAAGGCAGAGCCGGAAGCCAAAGAGGUACAGCAGAGCUCGGAUGUUGAACACACUACUGAAAAUAUACCAGUAGACACAACCAUUCGGGAUGAGAACAGCAAACCAAGUGAGCCACAAAGCCAGGAGGAGGAAGAUGAGGGGGAGGAUUUAUCUGUUGGUGGUGAUACACAGGACAGCGACCAAAUAUCAUCGUCAUCAUCGUUGUCCUCAUCUUCAUCACCAGAGCCUGUCAAGGAACCAGAAGAAAGUGCUUCGAAGGAGUCAGAAUUAAGUGUAACAACAAGUGAUGACAGUGUACCAGAGGGCUCAGCUAAUGAAUCGUCAUCAUUACCUGUAUCACAGGACACAACCAGCACUAACACAGCAGAGUGUUCUGGAGGUGUGGAAUCAUCUACAGACUCCCCAAACCAAACCCCAUCGGAGGAGAUCACUCCAUCAUCCACGGUACAAUCAGACUCCUCAACAGGAGCCGAUAACAUGGAAACCGAUUCCACAGUUCCUAGUAGUGAUAAUGUAGCAGACUCUGACCAGUCAGAAAAAAACAAUGUUGAGAGUAUAACAAACAAUGAAAAAGAAGCCAGUUGUGUAGAGGAAGUAGAAACUGAAAAUAGUUCUGAUGUAAGUGACUCUGUGGCUACGCCCAUGGAGCAGGAUUAGCUGUUGAGUGAAUGUUGUGUAUAGUUGUUGGUAUCAUUAUAUGGCAUCUAAAUUCUUGGCUCAGGACUCCUGUGAAAAGGAUCAUCAGAAUAAUCCAUUCAUAGUCCAUUGAGAAACUCAUUGUGAAUCAUUUAUUUUACAAAAACAAAACUUUUAAUUUCCAUGUAAGUGAGUUGAUCUAAAACCACCAGUGUUACAAAUAUUUAUGAAUUUAAAUACAAUUCUAUGUAAAUUGACUAAUUUAUUUAUUGAGAUACAUGCUUGUUUUCUGAGAAGAUUUCACAUUCAGGUACAGAACUGGUACAUAUUCUGCAUUUCUGAGCUUCUGGCUUCUGUCAGGUUCUCAUUUGUCGUUGAAUACAAACUUGUUUUCUGUGCAAUUAAUGUGUGAAGGUAAACCUCAAAGUCAGGUUCUUGUUGUCAAGGUAACCUGAUAUAAUCUAUUGGUUGGUUUGAUUCAAGUGACAAAGUGACCUUCACAGAUUAUGGUUGUCAUAUGAUGGUAAUUUCAAGGUGACAGUCACAAGUAGCACACUAUGGGCAUUGUGCUUACCUUCCCCUUAAUACUUACCAAUAAUUAUAAUAUUAUGUCCAGAUCAUUUUGAUUUCAUUUGGUUUAUUUUUGUUUUAAUUUGCAAUGCUAUAAUUGAACCCUUUUAAAUUAAAAAAAAAACAUCCUAUCAAGCAAAUAUCAUUUUAAAACAAACCAUUCAAUUAUUCAUCAAAUUUCAAUUUAAACAUCGAGGAAUAAAUUUUGUCAGAUUUGUUCUAGUACGGCAGCUAACAGUAUAACAUAUCAAUUCUGCAUCUCAUUUUUGUAUGAAUUAUUGCAUUGUUAAAAAGACAUCUAAAAUUGAAAACUUGCUACUCAUACUUUCUGCUUCUUUAUAAAACAGCAUGUACAAAGUGUAGUGGAGCUGUGGUAAUCUGUAUUAGUAAAUGGUGAUCAUAUUGUUGUCCUUUUGUUGAUUUUAAGUUAUAUUUUCAAUUGUAAAUAAAAUUGUAAAAAAAAAGUACUUCAGUCAAUUGAAAUGUGAUCAUUAAUGAUAUAACACUGGUGGUUUGUGUAUGACCUGCUAUUUUGGAGCUGUCGGAGGAUAUCCUCUGGUGAAGUGAGGUUCAUCUGUGUGUGUGAGAGACUGAGAUCGUAUAGGAGAGUAUAGGAGGUGUUCCAUGUACUAAAACUGAUAGUUGAUAAUAAUGGAUUGUGUUUGUGUUGACGUAUGGUCUUUGAUUCCGGAAAUUAGGAUCAUACAUCUGUAUGGUAAGAAUUUUAAAUAGGUUUUUUUUCUCUUCUCUUUGGUAUAAAGUAUAAAUCAAAAUUUCUAAUGGAAUAACUUUUAAAUCAUUUUCAUCUUUAUUUACAUGUUAAUUUUUAUAUAUGUUUACGGAACAAGGUAAAGAUUGGUUGUGAUCAGGCAGAUUUCAGAAAAUAAUUUAAUGACGAAUGUGACCUAUACUGUCAUUUUAGAUAGUUUAUUUUUUGAGUGAUUGAGAGACAAUAUGUGACUGGGUAUAUUAAGGUGUGUGGGUAACACCAAUAUUGAUGCUAUCAUAGGGUUUGACUGAGGUAUGAAUGUGUACGGACUGAUACAAAUCUCUCUUGGGAGAACAAAAUAAAAUGUGAAAAUAAA